AAUUGCAGGGAAUUUGAUUCCGAUGAUUUUCGAUUAGCAGAGCCAUAACACCCGGUCCCAGGGUCGGAUGGCGGGACACCACAGGACCUGAUUACAUAUCAGCAUUUGCACCCAGGACAGCAGUUCCAUUUGAAAAACCUACUUCCUGCUCCAGUCUUCUUCUUCACCUUCAAACGAUGCUGUCUUCUCUCCGCCGUAUCUUAUCUCAAACAACAAGCUUCAAUGGAGGUAACUCAGCAACCAUAAAUUUGCUUCCUUUUCUUUAUAAUCAAAAGAACCCAUCUUUUUCAAUUGGUAUUAGGUUUAGUUCCUCACCCCCAAAACACGAGGAGCCUUCUUCAUCAUCUUCUUCAUUCGUAAUCAAUUACUUAAUCAGUUCAUGUGGGUUAACAGAGAAUCAAGCAAUUACUGCCUCUAGAAAGCUCAAUUUCACAACAACAACAAAACCAGAUUCAGUCUUAAACCUACUUGAAAACUACGGAUUUACUCAACCUCACAUCUCCAAAACCAUUUCUAAGCUUCCUUCAUUACUCUUAAACAAUCCUCAGAAAACCCUCCAACCCAAAUUAGAUUUUUUCAAAUCCAAAGGGAUUUCUGGACUUGACCUAGCCAAGUUCAUAUCUGGUAGCCCAAGCAUCCUUAAUAGAAGCUUACAAGAUUCAAUAAUCCGUUGCUGUAAUACCCUCGAGAACAUUGUUCAUCGUGACAAGAAUAAGAAUGUAGUCACCAUCAUUAAAUGGAAUUCAUGGCUUCUCAUGUCAAAUUUGGGAAUAAAAGCUAUGAUGGUAAAUAUUGAUAUUCUGAGAGAUGAAGGAGUCCCUCAACCCAACAUUAUUAACUUUCUAAUCUAUCAACCAAGGGCACUUACAAUAAGAACUGGCAGAUUGAAGGAGAUUGUAAAAGAGAUUAAGGGGUUGGGUAUUGAUCCUUAUAAAACAACAUAUCUUAAAGCUAUCCAGUUAUUUGCAGGGUUGAGCAAAUCCACCAUGGAGUCAAGGGUGAACUUUUACAGAAGAUUGGGUUGGUCUGAAGAAGAAAUUCAUAGAGCAUUUAGGUCAUAUCCUCAGUGCAUGAUGCAAUCUGAGAAAAAGAUUACCUCCGUAAUGGAUUACCUUGUGAAUCAAAUGGGUUGCAAUCCAGCUGAAUGGCCAGCUAUUUUUAGUUGUAGCUUGAAGAAGAGGAUUAUACCUAGGUGUUCUGCUUACAAAAUUUUAACCUCCAAAGGUUUGGUUACGGAUCAGAUUCCCUUAUCUUCGCUUAUGAAAAUUGGUGAUGAGCCUUUUUGGAGGAGUUUGUGAUCAAGUUUGAAGUACAAGCUCCGGAACUGUUGAAGCUAUACCCAGGUGCAGUUAAAUCUAGAGCUACCUAGUAAUACUUCUGGAGGAUGUUCAGAGAUACAUACGUUGUAGCUAAGCAAGACACUCAGGGAGAUUUGGGCAGGGAAAAUGCAGGUGGUUAUUGCUUCAGAUGAUGUGAGCUGAAGUAUGGGGGUUGCUCCUGGAACCAGUAAAAGUUACUUGAAUCUCCUUCCCCUACCCUAAAGGGGAAACAUUCUGACCCCAGAAAUGAACAGGAAGUUCCAGAGAACAAACGACGAGUUUCUACUCUGAAAGGCACUGUUAUUGCAAGAAGGAAUGCUGGCCUACAAUCAACAUUUAGAAUAAGAAGGAUGAUAGCUGGUGUUGGGAUAGAAUCUCUUUUCCCUCUAUACUCUCCAAACAUAAAGGAUAUGCAAGUGCUGAACAAGAAUAAAACCAGGAGGGCCAAGCCUUACCAUCUCAGGGAUAGAAAGAAUGCACUCAAGAAACAGUGACUCAGUCAGAGGUUUUUAGUUGUUUUAAGCAGAAGGUUCAAAAAUUGCCUGAUAUUUGUUGCUGUUAUUUGAAGCUUCUGCAACCAUACUGACCUGCAGCUGCAAGCUACUGUUGCCUCCUUAUUUUUUGUGAUAAAUUUCGUGGAUGAGUCUCAAAUCAAAUUUCUUCAACCAUACCUUGUACUCCUCCAAAGUCAUCUGACAGGGUUUGCCAGAUGCACAUAUUUUUGCAGAAGGGUUCUUAAUUGCCAUUUUUCUUCCUAAUUACUUCUCUAAGUUACAGAUAUCUUAAGGAUUAAACAGCAGGCAACAAUAGCUUUCUAUGUGAUUUACUUAUAUUUCUUUCGUUCUUUUUCAA